CCUUCAUCUCCAGCCUCAAACUGCCACCUUUCCGCCUGCAUCGUGAGCCACGCCGCCAUUCAAGCUUCUGGAUCCGACGCCACAAUAUCUAAACCACACAGUCUCCAUCUCCAUCACCACAACUCGCCAUGGGCAUCAUUCGCAAGGCCGCCAUUGGGGUGACCGCCGGCACAGCCGCAGCAGUCGGCUACAUCCGCCUGUCGACGAGCAUCAUCACGCCCAUUCCUCUCAACGAUGCGCUGUAUAGCUCCGGCGUAUACAAGAAGCAUAACCCGCAUCGGAACGCAGCUACCAACGAUAUUUGCGUCAAGACAAUCCCUCUCAACCGCAUCCGCCCAGAGCUGCUUCAGAAGGAGGGCGACCUCGCUCUAGAGUUUUGCCGUGGCGUAUGGAGCGGCUGGGGUUACGAAAUACAGCGACGUUUUCUGCACCGCAAAUGGUACAGCCCUGAGACGUCGUCACAGCUGUGGACUCGGGAGCAACUCGCCGCCUCCAGCUACGAGCCCGGCACACGUCUGACGGACCAUUUUGAAGUUGUGGAUCGCACGCCCGACGAAGUCAUUGUCCGCUGUGGCGAUUCUCCUCGCAACAGCGGCCCGCGGCCUUCUGACGGCUUGUUCGCUAUUGGCGCCACCGUCGAUCAAGACGCUCAGGUUGCGCGAUUGACGCUCAAGAGCUGUCUCUUCCAUAGCGAUCGCAAGGUGGAGGGCGAUAAAGGGCCCAUGCCGGACUGGAUGGAAAGACUUCACCAGUGGUAUGCGCGCAUUUGGAUGGUCAGUGGAAGCCGCCGGCUGAUCCGGUAAUAGAAUCGUGUGCAUCGAAAAGGAGAGGGGUGUUGUUGGACAAUUACGCCAUAUUUGGGCGCCAUUGCUUCUGUAGCCGCAAUAAGUAGCUAAUUCAUGAUAAUGCUUGUAUAUGUUGGGCAGGCUCUUCAGCCCAUUUCGCCAUC